CUCCCGGAUCGUAGACAACAACAAAUAGGAAUAAAUCAGACAGCAAGAACAACGUUACAGAACCCUGUAGUUUGUUCCGAAACCGAUACCUGAUAUUACUCAUAGCUGUCACGCUGUCAGAAGCUGUCAGAAUACUUUCUUCUAUGUAAGAAAAGUAUUUUGACAGCUUCUGAGAGCUUUUGACAACUAUACAAAAGUAUUCUUUAGUUAUUUUAUUAGUUCAACAGGGUACAAUUAGAACCAUUUAUACAAAUGAAUAUAUUACAUGCAAGCUAUUUAUAGUAUAAAAUGAUAUAUAUAUAUAUUUGAACUAGUCAUCAUUGCAACACAUUGGUAUCGAUGAGAAAUCACACACGAUACACUUGGACUUUUAUCUUGAAAGCGGUUUCAAUACGACGCGCAGGACACGGAAGCGCGCGGACGAUCAUCAACAUACCCGUCAUGCGCUUGCGCAGUUCUAAUAUUUUGAUAUGGAUGUAUUAUAAGCUGUUAAAGAGCGUAAUCAGAUCUCCACACAACAUGCCUUGAAUACCAGCGACGCGCUCUUGCGUUCUUGCCACUCGUGUGGUCCUGUUGUGUCGCCACGGUUACUGGAUUCAAUAGGGGUAGCGGGAGAGCCGAAUCUCCCGGUUAACGGGGAUGCCACGGCUGAACAAGACCGGCCUCCUCGCGGUCCUGGUAGCGGCGAGCUCCGCCUUCCUGCUCUUCCAACUCUACUACUACCGCCAGUCAUCGAAUGGAGGAAACACUUCACGGCAGAAAGACAAUCAAUGGGAAGCGCUGAGGCGUGUGAUGGCUGUGGCCCGCAAGCUGGCCCUGCCCAUCUUCCUGGCCGACCCAACAGCGCUGUCUCUGAUUGGCCAGACGGGCGGAUCGGCGGGCGUCGGGCGUGGCUGUAGCUUCCUGUGCACCGGGAGGCCGGUCACUGCCUUCGCCGCCAUCGCCGACCACUGGAAGUACGAUCGGCAGGCUGUUGCCACGGCAGCCAGUCAGAAGGGCCUGGAGGUGGAGCAGGUGCGCGGCCGUGACCCCCGGCUGCUGGAGGAAGGGGCAGAGCUGUCGGCAGCCCAGAUCCCUCUGCACUUCCUGUUCCGCUCAACCCAUGGCCACAUCGUCCAGGUGGUGUUGCUCUACCAGAGGAGUGGGGGCUAUCUGUGGCACGCCCCCCUGCGGUUAGCACCCAGCGCAGACCGCCGCCUGGCCCCACCCAACGCCCUGCCCUACGGACGCCACGCCGGGGCCUAUCGCAGGCCAGAUCUGGUGCUAACGAUGCUGGAUGGACUGGAUGUACAGGUUCCACGAAACUCCUCCCACUUCCUGACCCUGCGAAGCGAAGCGGACUUCAUAGAGUGCCGCCACAAAGAGGCCCGAGCCUUCUACCAGCUGUACCCUGAAGACGGCUCUGUGGAGGCGGCAGAGUUCCGGCGGGCGGCUCGCUCCGUGCUGUCGGUCGCCGCCCGGACCCUGGACUCCCUUAACGUCCCCUUCUGGAUCAGCAGCGGGACCUGCCUCGGAUGGUACCGUCAGUGUGGGUUCAUCUCAUACAGUCGUGAUGUUGACGUGGGCGUGUCCAUCCGUCACUACCGCCCCGACCUAGCCACCGCCUUUGCUAGCGCCGGCCUGCCCCUCAAACACAGCUUUGGCAGGGUAGAGGACAGUCUGGAGCUGUCCUUCCAGUCUCCGGGGGGCGGUGUGAAGCUGGACGUCUUCUUCUUCUACCAGGAGGAGAGCGAGGGAGUGAGCGUCGUCUGGAACGGCGGCACGCAGGCCAAGAGCGGCAGGAAGUUCAAGUAUGUGUUUCCUAGUUUUAAACUCUGCUGGGCGGAGCUGGCGGGCGUGCGUGUGCGUGUUCCGUGCACGACCCUGGACUAUGUGCGCGCCAACUACGGGCACGAGGCGUGGUCGUCCCCGGAGACCGCCUGGGACUGGAAGACCUCGCCCGCCAACGUGAUGGAGAACGGAGUCUGGCCCCGGGGGGACUGGGGCCAGGUCAUCCAGUCCUACUGAGAUACACGGCGUCAGAUACACUUCAUCACACUGCAUCGGUUACACUGCGACAUACUGCCUCGUAAUGACUCGGAUAUACUGACUCAGUGACUCAGACAUACUGACUCAGACACACUGACUCAUACUGACUCAGACAUACUGACUCACACCGACUCAGGUAUAUUGACUCACUGACUCAGAUAUACUGACUCACACUGACUCAGGUACAGUAUAUUGACUCACUGACUCAGAUAUACUGAAACUUACUGACUCAGACAUACUGACUCAGACAUACCAGCUCACACUGACUCAUACUAAAGCAGUAUUAUAACCAACUAUGCCACACAUGCUGACAUGUUCCAUCAAAGCCGACAGGACCUUGCUAAAACAUUUUUACAGUAUUUGCCGUGUCAGCCGGACUAUAUUACAGAUAAUUUCCUCCAUCAAUGCUACUGGUGUGGGCACAACUGUUUACUACUUUGUUAAAACGUUGCUGUAAAGUAUCAUUGAAAAAUACUUUUCAUGUCUUUAAUUUUUUGUUUUUGCCUUUAUGCUGCUGGCAAUGUGAGCUGUUCUGACGUGUUUUGUUUCAUCUUAUUAAUGCCAUUCACAACAAUCAUUUGUUUUGCCCCAUGCUAACGAUUACUAUCACUUCAAGCAUAAAUGUUCUUACAAAACCGACUGUUUUAGUUUUCAUUGAAUAAUAAAGUUCAGACAAAACAUUGUUCAAA